GCCGGCUCUUUCUCCUUUUCUCUGCGCGGCCAUGGCUAGGCGUUGCCGGAGCUCCGGGGGCGCCUUUUUGGCGGUGCGCGCAGCCCAGACCUUCGCCCCGCGGAGCUGCCUGCGCUCCGCAACGGCCGCGGCGCCCGCUCCGGAGCCGCCUCUGGCUGCCCUUGCGCCGCCUCUAGCCGCCGCGCCGCCGGGCGUUCACCUCCGGGAUUCGCAGCAGCCGCCCCUGCCGCCUCCGCCGCGCGCGGUGGACUUCGCGGACGCGCGGGAGGCUUUCCGGAGCAAGAGCAGCGGCGAGCUGGCGCGGGGGCUCCUGGUGCUGGGCCUCUGCUCCCUCGAGCCGCUGGUGGAGCACGGCAACAAGCUGAUGAGCCUCAGCCAGAAGCUGUUGGGCCAGCGACUCUUUGAGAAGCUGAUGAAGCUGACCUUCUACGGGCAGUUUGUGGCCGGAGAAGAUCAAGACGCCAUCAAGCCUCUCAUCCGUCGCAACCGUGCUUACGGAGUGGGCUCUGUGCUGGACUACAGCGUGGAGGAGGACCUGACCACGGAGGAGGCGGAGAAGAAGGAACUGGACUCCUGUACCUCUGCGUUUGAGAAGGAGACUGGCAAGCAGAGAGAGAAACGCUACAGCGUGCACCGAAAGUUUGGCGACCGGCGGGAUGGUGUCAUCAGUGCCCGCACAUACUUCUAUGCAGACGAAGCCAAAUGCGACCGGCACAUGGACACCUUCCUGCGAUGCAUUGAGGCCUCAGGUGGGAGCUCAGAAGAUGGUUUCUCUGCCAUUAAGUUGACAGCACUGGGGAGGCCACAGUUCCUGCUGCAGUUCUCAGAAGUGCUGGUGAAGUGGCGGCGCUUCUUCCACCAGCUGGCCGCAGAGCAGGGCAAAGUGGGCCUGGCAGCCCUGGAGACCAAACUGGAAGUGGAGAAGCUGCAGGAAGCACUAGCCAAGCUGGGGAUUGCCACGAAAGCAGAGAGCCAGCACUGGUUCACGGGCGAGAAGCUGGGCAUGUCUGGAACAGUAGAUUUGCUUGACUGGAACAGCCUGAUUGAUUCUCGGACGGAGAUCUCCAAACUCCUGCUUAUUCCAAACAUUGAGACAGGACAGCUGGAGCCCCUUCUCUCUUCCUUCACUGAGGAGGAGGAGCAGCAGAUGAAGCGGAUGCUCCAGCGCAUGGAUGUUCUUGCCAAGAAAGCUGUGGAGAUGGGCGUGAGGCUGAUGGUGGAUGCCGAGCAGACCUACUUCCAGCCAGCCAUCAGCCGCCUCACCCUGGAAAUGCAGCGGAAGUUCAACCAGGAGAAAGCGGCCAUCUUCAACACUUUCCAGUGCUACUUGAAGAAUGCUUACGACAACGUGACAGUGGACGUGGAGCUCUCUCGCCGGGAAGGCUGGCAUUUCGGAGCCAAGCUGGUGAGAGGGGCCUACAUGGAGCAGGAGCGCAGCCGGGCAGCCGAAGUGGGCUACGAGGACCCCAUCAAUCCCACUUACAAAAAGACCAGCGAGAUGUACCACAGAUGCCUGGACUAUAUUCUUGAGGAGAUUCGGCACAGCCGCAACGCCAACGUGAUGGUGGCUUCCCACAACAAGGACACAGUGAAGUUCACACUCCGCAGGAUGGCAGAUCUGGGCAUCCACCCUUCUGAAAACAAGAUCUCCUUUGGGCAGCUCCUGGGCAUGUGCGACCAAAUCACUUUCCCUCUUGGUCAAGCCGGAUUCCCAGUGUACAAAUAUGUCCCCUACGGGCCUGUCAACGAAGUGCUGCCAUACCUGUCAAGGAGAGCCCAGGAGAAUCGGGGCUUCAUGGCGAGAGCCAAGGAGGAACAGGAGCUUCUCUGGAUCGAGCUGAAAAGGCGGCUGUUUGCAGGCACCCUCCUCUCCGCCCCAAGCCCGCCAUAGACUUGCCCCCCAGACCCCACCUUUUUUGGGGGGGGAGGUAGAAUAGAACGGUCAGAGCAAAAUGUCCCAGUUGGACCAAAGAGGGCGUGAAAGCAUCUAAUACCACUUUUGCUGCUUUUUAAAAGCGUGACAGCUCUCCUCUCUCUCUCUGCAACUUGGCAACGGAUGCUACAUCAGUCCUGGUCCUUGGCACGCUGGGGCUCUUGUAGACACGAGAUUGCGCCUGUACCGGCCCCCAGAACCCCUUUGGUGUGACCUGCCUUUUGCCAUCGGGCGGCUUGUGAUUUUUUUGUUCUGUGUGUAGGAACGAUCCCCGCUGAGCACCACUUCUGCUUCUGGGUUCAUCCUCAGGCUUGUCAAGGGUGGAGAUGGCAGCCCCAAUAAAAAUGGACUUGGCA